CGUUUUGUCUUCUUUAUGGUCCAUUUGUCUUUCUAGUACUUCUGCGUUGUGAGUAACGUGAUAACGACAACGACGAAGGACAGAUCUGUCAUUUUCUUUCUCCAUUAAAAAAGUGCGUGAUCUGAGAAAACGAGGAGAUUUGGAAAUGAAUUUUCUUCGACGUUCUUAUUGUUAUUGAGUAACAAAGAGAGAGAGAGGGACGAGAGUUGAUUUGGCAAAUCCAAGGAUUUGUUUGGUUACCACCGGGGAAAAGUGAGAAUUCUUGAAAUAUGGGGUUUUUCAGUACGAUAUUCGGUUUCUGUGGAUUUGGAGUUGGGAUUUCAAUGGGUCUUGUGAUCGGAUAUUACCUCUUCAUCUAUUUCCAGCCCAGCGAUGUUAAGGAUCCUGAGAUUCGUCCAAUGGUUGAGCAAGACUCAGAAACUUUGCAAAGGAUGCUUCCAGAGAUACCCCUGUGGGUGAAAAAUCCAGAUUAUGAUCGUAUUGACUGGCUAAACAAGCUUCUGGAGUAUAUGUGGCCAUAUCUGGACAAGGCCAUUUGCAAGACUGCAAAGAAUAUUGCAGCCCCCAUAAUUUCUGAGCAGAUUCCCAAAUAUAAAAUUGAUUCAGUUGAAUUUGAAACACUUACACUAGGAUCCCUGCCACCAACUUUCUCAGGAAUGAAAGUUUAUGUCACUGAUGAGAAGGAGCUGAUCAUGGAACCAUGCUUAAAAUGGGCUGGAAACCCUAAUGUUACUGUUGCUGUGAAAGCAUUUGGGUUGAAAGCAACUGCUCAGGUGGUGGAUUUGCAAGUUUUUGCUUUACCACGUAUAACUCUGAAGCCUUUGGUUCCUAGUUUUCCUUGUUUUGCCAAAAUCUAUGUGUCUCUCAUGGAGAAGCCACAUGUUGACUUUGGACUAAAGCUUGUGGGAGCUGAUCUCAUGUCAAUACCUGGCCUCUACAGGGUCGUCCAGGAGAUUAUUAAAGAUCAGGUUGCCAACAUGUAUCUAUGGCCUAAAACCCUAGAAGUACCAAUCAUGGAUCCUGCAAAAGCCUUGAAGAAGCCUGUGGGAAUUCUUAGUGUGAAAGUUCUGAGGGCAGUGAAGCUGAAGAAAAAAGAUCUGCUGGGUGCAUCAGAUCCUUAUGUCAAAAUAAAGUUGACUGAGGAUAAGCUUCCAUCAAAGAAGACAACUGUAAAACACAAGAACUUGAACCCUGAAUGGAAUGAGGAAUUCAAUUUGGUUGUUAAAGAUCCAGAGACUCAGGCUGUAGAGUUUCAUGUUUAUGAUUGGGAGCAGGUUGGCAAACAUGAUAAGAUGGGUAUGAAUGUAGUUCCUCUGAAAGAACUUCCACCAGAGGAGUCAAAAAUUAUGACUCUUGAUCUCCUUAAAAAUAUGGACUUGAAUGAUCCUCAAAAUGAAAAGUCUCGUGGGCAGCUAGAGGUGGAACUAACAUAUAAACCAUUCAAGGAGGAGGAUUUGCCCAGUGGUUUUGAAGAGUCGAAUACAGUGCAGAAGGCUCCUGAUGGAACCCCUGCUGGUGGAGGUCUGCUUGUAGUGAUUGUUCAUGAGGCUCAGGAUGUUGAAGGAAAGCAUCAUACUAAUCCACAUGUACGGCUUCUUUUUAGAGGGGAGGAGAGGAAAACUAAGCAUUUGAAGAAGAAUCGAGACCCGAGAUGGGAGGAGGAGUUCCAGUUUAUGUUGGAUGAGCCUCCCACUAAUGAUAAGCUACAUGUGGAAGUUGUCAGCACUUCAUCAAGAAUGGGCUUGUUGCAUCCUAAGGAGUCUCUGGGUUAUGUGGACAUCAGUCUUGCGGAUGUUGUUAGCAAUAAAAGAAUCAAUGAGAAGUACCAUCUUAUAGACUCCAAGAAUGGCCGGAUUCAAAUUGAGAUGCAGUGGAGAACAGCGUCAUGAGCUUAUCGAGUUUUUUUUUUUCAUGAAUCUUUUCUUUCAUUUGGAUUGUGAUUUUAGGCAGCACGUUAUAGGAAUACUCGUCUGUUGUUUUUGCUCUAACAAUCCAAUUCUUUUCGUUGCUUCUGUAGAUGAUUGCAACAAAUAAUGGGGAAAAAAAACCACUGCAUAGUUUUUCAAA